AGCCCCUGGAUCCUACGUGGCUGCAUUUGUUCCAGAAUCCAAGGGAAUGCCAGCCAGUGUUCAGAUAUAUGCAUGUGGAAAGGACUUACAAAGUAAAGCUGUUGCUCGACGCAGCUUCUUCCGCUGCUCAACUGUGCAACUGAGCUGGAACUCUGGUUCUACAGGUCUUCUAGUGGUGGUCCAAUCAGAUGUUGAUAAAACAAACCAAAGCUACUACGGAGAAUCAAAGUUGAACUACUUGACUAUUGAUGGGACCCAUGAAGGGCUUGUUCCUCUCCGUAAAGACGGCCCUAUUCAUGAUGUUCAAUGGUCCUAUUCGGGUAAAGAAUUUGCAGUUGUUUAUGGUUUUAUGCCUGCUAUGGCCACGGUGUUCGACAAGAAGUGCAAUCCUCUGCUUGAGCUUGGAACAGGCCCAUACAACACUAUCAAAUGGAAUCCGCUGGGGAACUUUAUAUGCUUGGCAGGCUUUGGUAACUUACCAGGAGACAUGGUAUGUAUAUCUAGAUGAUUACUAUAUUCAGAAGUGGGAAAUGUCCACAACUCUUAUCUGUUUCAAAUAUCAUGGAUUGCUACUACCUAUAAAAAAAAGAAGACUUUUGACACAUAGGCUAAACAUAAUCAAAGUACCAACAUUUCCCUUAUUACCAACAAUUAAACGAGAGAUGGAAAGAGUUCGACAUAUCCCUUGAUGUGUAGUUUUUCUAAUUUAAAAUCAGCUUUGAUAUCAAGUAGCAUCCUAAUUCAUGUGAUUAAGAGUAAAAUAGGGAUGUUAAAGGAGUCAAUCUUUUCGAGAUAGAACAAAAAGAAAAGAAUCUCAUAUAAAAUAAGAUCAAGGAAGUAGAAUACUAGAUUUAAGUGCUAAAUAGAACACAAAAUGAUCAGCUUCAUUGGAGGCAUGCCAAACUUUUAACUAUUCUAAGCUUGCUGCUUAGCAAAUCAUGCUCGAGGAGAUUCUUUAGAACAUAUAGCGAUCAACAUAAUUGGUGUAUAUGACCAUUUGAUUCUCCCUGUGCAAAACAAAACCCAAUGGAAUUAUCAGAUAGUUAGUAUAGUUAGUGUUAGAUAGUUAAGUGCAAACAAUAAUAUUUACACUCUCCGUCCCAUUUUAUGUGAUGUUGUUUGAUUGCUUGUGGAGCGUAAGAAAGAAAGAAAGACUUGAACUUGUGGUCUGAAACAGGUCGUAUAUUCGUGUGGCUAUAAAUCAUCUCAUCAAGGGUAAAAUGGGAAGUUUAAAGUUAAAUUGUUUCUAAAUAUGUAUAUUCUUUUUGGGAAAGACUAAAAAGGAAAGUGUAUCACAUAAAUUGGGACAGAGGGAGUGAUAUAAUAUACUCAUCUAAAAUAUAUACUUAUUAAUGUAGUAUCAUCUACUCUUAAAAAAAUGUUGUAUCAGGUGGGUAAAACAACCAUGUACAUAAAGUGUCCCUAUAAAGGGAUUAAUGCGUAAGUCGUUAUUCUUCGCUCAUUCUCUCGGUCUUUUAUCCUUGUUUCUCUUAUAUUUCAUAUGACAUCUAAGCUUUUAUUAGAAAUUACUAUGCAUUUACCAGUAAUAUUCGAGAUAAGAUAAUGUCAUUCACUGCAUAUUAUUCCUAAAACCGUCUUGUUUAUUUGAGUCUUCUUUGCUUCUUGUGAGUGUUAUGCAUCAACCAACAUACCACGAAACCAAGAAUAUUUCAGCAAACAAAAUUUGAGAAGCCAUGUCUUAAGUGGAGGUAAUGCACUGACUAGGUUGCAGAUUUUUAUUAGGAGAUCCACUCCAUCUGCUCAGCGCGUGAACUCUAUUCAGACAAUUCAGUGAAUUUCUUGCUUUCAUGGCAGUUGAUUUCCAUUCCCAGCCUAACUAAUUUCGAUCACCUGAACCCUAAUUCAGCAUGGCUCAAAAAGUUCCUACUUCCUCUUUUUUUCCUGUAAGGUUAAUUAAUAUUCCGACCCACUGGGGUCGACUACCUGCGAAUCAUCCCAUCCAUCUUUCAUAUUUUUCCAGUGGUUUUGCCUAGCUUAUGACGGUAGUGUCUUUUGCUGACAAAGAUCUUACUGUACACCCACUUUCAAUAGGAUUAUCCUGCACCAUAAGCCUCAAUUAUAACCUGCGACAAUCUCCAGUGAUUUUCAAUUAUUCUCUAGUUUUUUUGGGUGAAUUUUCUCGAUGAAUAGAAUAUCCCGUGAUUUUUAUGACGAACAGAUGUUCAAAGAUCUCAUUCUGACAGCUUUUUCGGGUAAAUUUUACAGCAAGCUCAAUUCCUUCCCCUGGUCUGUUCAUCAAUUUCCAACCAUUUCCUCAGACAUUUUGGCCUCCUUCAAUUAUGUCAUAGGGAUUGGAUAAUUUGGUCACAAGAAAAUAAGAGAUAGUGAUUUAUGUAGCACCCAAGGGUGUGGCCUUAAGUGGGUGCAACCUUAGAGAUCAGGGUUCAAAUUCUAGCCGAGACAAGAAGCAUUAGGGUUAAAAUUUUUCACCACAAUGGAUCAUUGUACUUCAAGAAGAUGUUUGACAGAUUGUAUAAGGUUGAUUGGAAGCCAGAGUUAGUAGAAAAAUUUGGUGACAAUGAAGACCUUGUUAAGGCAGUUGGCUCGGUGAAAAUAGAUGAAGCUAAAGCGCCAGG